CUUACCGGAUGAAUCGGCGCCUGGAUUCGUUCAAAAAGUACCCGGAAGACCAAUGCAACGGAACUACUCUGUCCAUAAUAUUGUUUAUUGUGAGGGCUUACACGGCAUAAUGGCUUUGCAAAACACAUAGACAGCAGUGGGUCAAUAAUAGAUAGCAUUCCCCACGUCAAAGGUCGAAUUGCUGUUGCAAAAAUCGAGGUUUGCAAGCAAUACAUUGCCACAACAACGGUGCACAGAACACAGAAGGGUCCCCGCUGGGAAGUCGACAUGGGUAAUGGCAUGAACAAGGUGGUUGAUGGACUCUACUUGGGAAACAUAAGAGAUUCAGAAAACAGAGGGAGCCUGUCUCAGAAUGGCAUCACCCAUAUCCUAUCGGUGUACAACAAUGCCAAGCCUGUGUUGGAGGAUAAGACCUACCUAUGUAUAAAUGCAGCUGAUGCAUCCAGCCAGAACCUGUCACAGUAUUUUAAAGAGUGCAUCGCCUUCAUCCAUGAGUGUCGGCUAAAAGGGGGCUCUUGUCUGGUUCACUGCCUGGCAGGUGUGUCGCGCAGCACCACCGUAGUGGUCGCCUACCUGAUGACGGUCACACCCUAUGGCUGGGAGGAGUGCCUGACCGCCGUGAAAGCCGUCCGCCCCUUUGUGGGUCCAAACGCGGGCUUCCAGCAGCAGCUGCAGGAGUACCAGACGACCAGCGUCUCUGAGUACCGGGCUUGGCUGCGGGACAGCCUCCGGCCCGGCCCGGCUCAGGACGAGGAGCAGGUGGGAGCGCUGCUGCAGCUAGCAGAGCAGCGGCGGCCGGCGGCGGCGGGGAGGGUCACGCCGGACCACAGCUGGAGGAAGGACGACACAGCUGGCCCCUCUCUGGCCAGUGACCCCAUCGACGAGGGCGAAGGGCCCAGCGGCGCCAGGAGCUGAUGCUCUGGCCCCUGCCAUCACGGAGGGGCCGCCAGGAACCACGUUCAGGAUUAAGACGGGUAACCUGAACGCUUUGAGGGACAACAGUGCGGACUGCGUGUGAGCCCCGUGUUUUGUGGUAGCUUAAAAAAACCAGGAAGUCGAUUUCGACCAACAUGAAUACUGACCAAAGCCUUACUCUUAAACCUUAUAUACUUGUUUAUAUAUAUAAGGACCUCAUCAUAGGCCUUUAAACCUCAUCGUUAAAGGUUUAACAUACAUUCCGUUCAAAGUUUAUCUGUCUUCUCUUCGUUGUGCUUUAAAGUGAUGUAAUCCUUCAAAAAGCUUUUAAUUGUGCUGAUGUUCAAAAGGAGCUGAAUACUAUGUAUCUAAGGGAUUAGUAACAAUGGAUAUUUGUUUUCCAGAGCCUUUCAAAUCGUCCUGAUUGUGUAUUUUAAUUGUCUAGAGUAAUUUGUU